AUGGCGCCCAAAGCUCAGACCGCCUCCAAGGCUCCCGCUUCCCAGGCCUCCAAGGCCCCCGCCGCCGCCUCCAAGGCUCCCGCCAAGGCUGCGAAGACCUCGUCUGCCAAGGCUGAGGGUGGCGCAAAGAAGCGCUCCAAGAAGAGGGUCGAGUCUUACUCGUCUUACAUCUACAAGGUCCUCAAGCAGGUCCACCCCGACACUGGUAUCUCCAACAAGGCCAUGGCCAUCCUCAACUCCUUCGUCUCGGACAUUUUCGAGCGGAUCGCUUCCGAGGCUUCCAAGCUCGCGUCGUACAACCACCGCUCUACCAUCUCGUCGCGUGAGAUCCAGACCUCGGUCCGGCUCAUCCUUCCCGGAGAGCUCUCCAAGCACGCCAUCUCUGAGGGUACCAAGGCGGUCACCAAGUUCUCGUCCUCCAAGUAA